AGUCACAUUGCAAAAACCUAUUAAAUUUUGACAUUUCGGUCGAAAUGCAAGUCGCAAGAAGCAAAUUUAGUUUCAAAAGGUGACCAAGUCGAUUAUAGUCUAAGAAAUUCUAUUAGCUCAACAAUAUUAAUAAAAAUGAAACUUUUCUGUUUUUUAAUAACAUAUUUUUUCUUUGUAAAUGUUUCGGCGGAAACUCCUGAUGAAACUACUAUAAAGAAGGAAGUUUUUCUUGCAAAUGCAGCCAUCGAGCUUGCAUAUAAUAAGAAUGAUUUAAUAGUAGGAGGUAAACCCGGAGCAAAUGGAUUGGAGCACGUAAUUGAAAGGAUAGUUAAUAAUAUUACAACAUUUCAAACUGAAGGUUACGAGUGUUUCGCCAAAAUUAAUUAUAUGAUCGCUAUACCGGAAAAAACGGAUAUUGUUGACCUUAUACCGGAAUUAGAUUACUGUGAACCAAUGAGAAGAUGCAUGAUUCACCAGAAUACUAUGCAACAUGAAAUAAAAAAUACCUUAGACAUUCCUAUUCCUGUGGUUGAAGAUGGCCAAAACAUUGAAGGCUUAAAUAUAACAACCCUUGCAGAAGAGAGAAGACGUCUUGUUAAACCAGCUUUAACAAAUAUAUUCAGACGUGUAUUUGGAUCAAUUUAUGACCAGUUUAUAAUACUAGAUAUAAGAAAUGAAUUAACUAAACAAGUCCUAGAUUUGGGAGGUUUAAAUUUGACGAAACUUGCAGAAAAGAGAAGAGUUACUGGAAAAUCUUUAGAAAAUAUAAUCAGACGACAUGUAUUAAGAACUAAAAUUCCUGAAGUUGUUGAAGACCCAAGUGGAUCUGAACAUGUUGACUAUUCUAUACGGUUGUGUCGUUUGAUAGGAUUAUACAUAAGUGCCCACUAUCCAACAUCAUACAUAAAAGAACUUUGGAUUGAUCCCGAUAAUAAUACUUGUAACCUGUAUGAUGGAAGUAAACAAAUAACAUAUCAAAAAAUUAAUGGCGUAUUGUGUCUUAUAACUCCAACUACUUAAAGAGCAGUUAAUAUAGUUUAAAUUAACAAAAUUCAAGUUCUCCAAUCAAAGUGCCUUCGCCGAAUUCUUAAAGCCCCACCUUAAAUAUCAAACGAAACAAUUCAUACCGACCUUUACCUUACUACUGUAAAACAAACUGCUAUCACUCGAUUUUAUAUCGAUUUCACAACCGUUUCCAAAAUCAUCCAAACCCUCUUAUUAAAAAUCUGCCCUCCCACACAAUCCCAGAUAACCCUCUUCGUCGCCUAAAAAGAUCCUGGUGUAUCCCCUUCUUUUAACAUAAAUAAAAUGUUUAAAUAUGUUCUGUUAUUGUAAUUUUCCCAAAAAUGUAAUAUAAACGUAAUUGUAAUAUAAUUUAAGUUACUAAUGUCAAUAGGAGUUCCGCCACUGGGCGGUCUCUCCACAAGUUAUUCAAGUUAUGUAUAUAUUAUUUUAUCUCAAAUACUUAUUGUAUAUUUUAUACAGAUUGUAUUUUUAUUUUAACAAAAUAAAAAAAAAUAUAUAUAUAAUACAAUUUAGACCAGAAAUUAAUGGUAUAUAAUUCUUCUAAGAUUGUAUAAUGUAUUAUACAUAUUUUCAUUUUGCACUAAUAUCGGUUUUAACAUUGCGCUAAUAGCUGUCAAUUUAAUUUAUUUAUUUCAUAAUAAACA